AUGGUUGUGCACGAGGAGGGAGAGAUCAUGCCGACGGAACAGGACCUGACGAUGGAUCUCUCUAUGGUCUCUAUGGACCUCACCUUGCUCCACUGCCCUUUGUGCCUCCGCCCCUUGAAGCCUCCAGUGUAUGAGUGCACGGGAGGGCACCUAGCCUGCGCGGACUGCCGUGGCGAGCGCCCCGGGAACCAGCGGCAGUGCCAGAAGUGCGAGCGUGGCGGUGGCUUCGACGUGCGGAACACGGCGAUGGAGGCCGUCCUCUCCUCGGUGAGGGGGGAGUGCCUGCAUGAAGGUUGUGGGCUCUACAUCACUUACCACAAGCUCGCCGAUCACCAGAGCGUGUGUCCGCUUGCGCCGUGCAAAUGCCCCGUGCCCGUCUGCGGCUACGAAGGCCCGCCGCCAGCGCUCUCCCACCACAUCAGCACCGUGCAUCCCAUGCCCUUGCACAGGAUCCGGUACGGCGAGGUGCUCCAGUUGCAAGUGCCAUUGUCGGAGCCACGACUCUUGCUGUUCGUGGAGGAGGACGGCCACGUGUUUUUCUUGGUCGAUGGCGUGCUCGACAUCGACGCGCCUAUCACCGUGUCGGUCGUCUGCAUCAGAGCGGGGGCGUCCCCACUGCCGCACUAUGCGGCCAAGCUGUGGGUGAACGGCCCGCCGGGGGAGCCCAAAGGUAGGACCGACGCCGUCAAGGUGGAAAUCGAGGUGACAAGCAACAAGGAUCCCGGCGACGUAGACGUGCAGGAGCUGACCUUCUUCACAGUUCCGCCCAAGCUGCUGGCCGGGACUGGGUUGUCGAGGAUGGUGUCCCUCCACAUUCAGAUUGACAAGCUCACCUCCUAA